AAAAGCAGGAGGUCCCGACCCAUCCAUCCCCCGGGACCUCAAGAUUCACGCUACCUGGAAAGGUGGACGGUUUCAAUCCUCGGCGCUCCCGACUCCCUGCACGCGUCCAACGCCGGUGCACACCGCACCGCGCUCGCUCCACACGAGGAGUGGAUGACGAGAGCAAAUCCAGAACUCAAAACGGUGGAAGGAGACGGCCGCCUGAUGCCGCUAAAAAUUCCUCCAAACACGACAAUAUUUUCAGUAGGGAGAUAAGCUAGCAAGGGGGACCCACUGGGAACCACCAUUCGCACGUGUCGCCUUCCUGGAUUGCAUGGCGCGGUGACGCGGACCGCCGGUCAGGCGGCGGAGCCGCAGCUGGUGUCCCACCCCAUCUCUCUCUCUCCUUCCUUCUCUUUUUUAUCUUCCGGCAAUUUCCAAUUUCUCGCUGGCAUACGGGCUUUGGGUCCAUUCCCGGAAUACUCCCCAUGGCGACGGCCACCUCCUCGGCGAUCGGAUGGAUUGUGCUGCUCUCGGCGCUGGUGCUUCCCAUCGGGCACUCCGCCUUUCGGGUGGGGGGCGGAUGGGAGUCGGUGAUCCGGAUGCCGACGGAGAGUGGCGGCGAUGACGGGGAGCAGGAGAUCGGGACGAGAUGGGCGGUCCUCGUGGCCGGGUCGUUCGGCUACGGGAACUACCGGCAUCAGGCGGAUGUGUGUCACGCGUAUCAGCUGCUGAAGAAGGGCGGGCUCAAAGAGGAGAACAUCGUGGUGAUGAUGCACGACGACAUCGCCAACAACCCGCUGAAUCCAAGGCCAGGGGUCAUCAUCAACCACCCCCAGGGCGAAGACGUGUAUGCUGGGGUCCCCAAGGACUACACUGGGGAGCAUGUCACCACCACCAACUUAUAUGCUGUCAUCUUAGGCAACAAGAGUGCAGUUGAAGGGGGAAGCGGGAAGGUUGUGGAUAGCAAACCAAAUGAUCGGAUUUUCAUCUACUACUCAGAUCACGGAGGCCCCGGCGUCCUCGGAAUGCCAAACAUGCCAUUUCUUUACGCGGCUGAUUUCAUUGAUGUGUUAAAAAAGAAGCAUGCAUCCGGAGGUUACAAGGAAAUGGUUAUCUAUGUGGAGGCAUGCGAAAGUGGGAGCAUAUUUGAAGGUUUGAUGCCGGAAGACCUUAAUAUAUACGUGACCACGGCAUCAAAUGCAGAGGAGAGUAGCUGGGGAACGUACUGCCCGGGAAUGGAUCCGUCUCCACCUCCCGAGUUCAUUACCUGUCUCGGGGAUCUGUACAGCGUCGCAUGGAUGGAAGACAGCGAGACUCACAACCUGAAGGAGGAAACGAUACAGAAGCAGUACGAGGAGGUGAAGGAGAGGACUUCCAACUACAACACCUACAACACGGGGUCCCAUGUGAUGGAGUAUGGGGACAAGAGUUUCAAGGACGAUAAGCUGUACCUCUUCCAGGGCUUCGACCCCUCCAACGCCAACCUCUCCGGCAAUGCCCUUGCGCCUACAAUGCCGAUGGAGGCCAUCAACCAGAGGGACGCCGAUCUUCUCUUCUUAUGGAAACGAUAUGAACAAUUCGAUGAAGGAUCCAAAAAGAAGACAGAGGCUCUUAGGGAAAUUACCGAGACGUUGGUGCACAGGCUGCAUCUUGACAAUAGCAUCAAUCUGAUUGGAAAGCUUAUUUUUGGAUCAGAAAAUGGUCCUUCCAUCCUCAACGCUGUAAGACCAUCUGGCCAGGCGUUGGUUGACGAUUGGAAUUGUCUGAAGACAAUGGUACAAGUAUUUCAAACCUACUGUGGGCCGCUGACUCAGUAUGGGAUGAGACACAUGCGGGCAUUUGCAAACAUAUGCAACAGAGGCUCUUCCAAGGAUGCAAUGGUGGAAGCUUGUCUUAACGCUUGCGAAAGCCAUAUUUCAGCUAAAUGGAGUUCCUCAAGCCAAGAAUACAAUGCCUGAUGACAAUACUAUCGUGAAUUCUACAGAACCAUGUUAAGAAAAGUGAACAAAAUGGAAGAGAUGAAGUGGUGUCCAUUGGUCGUCCGAUGGUGGAACCUAGUGAAGCAGCUCGCAGCUGUUUGGAAUGCUGUCCUUUCCAUGAGGGGUCCCGAUGCUUGAAAAGAGGUGCCUCUUUCGACAAAAUGCAGGACCCAAACCCCAAACCGGCUCUUGGAGAAGGAUCAUCCCCGGUGACUAGCCUGCACGUAGUAGAGCACGUAUUAUACUUUGGCACAGAAGUCCAAGGAAUAAAAAACCACUUGUGGGGUGGGGAGGGGAGCUUGCAUGCUUUUUUCAGAAAAGAAAGGAACACCACGAAGAGGACCACCCCUGCGAAGAUGCCAACAAUUAUUGCAAUGGUUCUUCCAAUGUCAUCCUCCGUAUACCCUGUCCAUUCGAAAAAAGUAAAAGCAAUUAGCAUUUCACAAGUAUGACGGUGGUGGCUGCUUGCGGUUCGAAGUGGGGGAUUAAAUAUUCAAUAGCUAUCCAUUAAGAAUAUAUUCAAUGGCCGCAAAGCCUCCUGCUGGUGUUUCCAGUGGAUUUGUUUAUGGUGGUGGCUUUGGUUUGGAGAUGAGAGAAGGAGCACUUAAGUUGUAGCUAAAUAAAUUAUUAGCUAGUAAUAAUGCAAGCUGCUCAUUAUAGUGAUGCAAUCUGAAGGCGAUUUUGGUGGUUUGUCGUUAUAAAUUAUAAUAUACAAUGAUUAGCGCUGUGGCUUCAGUCGGAU